AUGGACGACGAUGAUGUUCUCGAGGUCGAUUCUCCCAUGGAGCCAGCCGUCGAUCUUGACGAAGACGAGGAUGAGGAGAUGCCCGUCCUGAAUCUCGAUGGAGAUGGCCCUAGUCGCAGCUCACAGCCACCGAAGAAGGCCAAGGGCGAGAACCGACAUCUCCAGCUCGACUACCCACAGAGUCUUCCGUAUACAUGCGAGAGCCUCGAGGAGUUUGAUGCUCGACUGGACCACAUUAUUCGUCGCCUCAUCGACUGCGUCCGUACCAAGGACUACGACAUCGGCUUCGUUCAGUGGAAUCACAGGCUGCAAUGUCUCCUAUCCCUCAAGUACCCAAUCCUUCGCAAGACCAGAGCAAGGCUAGCUCGCCUCUACUACCAGUUGGCCGUCUUGCCCAGUCUCAAUACACGAUGCAUCGAGCUGGCAGCCAACAUGUGCAUGACCCUGAUCGAGAACAAGAAGAAGCUCGACAUCAAGGAUCUCGUCCUGCCAUGGAGGCCGCUCUACAUCAUUCUCGAGAAGGAGCUCUUCCCCAAACGUCGCAGGACUGGACUCACCAACAUCGCCGACAUUCUUCUCGACCUUGCAGAGACCGCUCAGCGCUUCUACCCUGCGAGCGAGGCCGACGAUAUGCUACGCACCUUCCUUCCCAAGAUGGACGGCUCCAAUCUCAACUCGGUCAUCGCUACACAGGCUUUCCUCGUACACUUCUUGCCAAUCAGCCAUCCUCAACGAUGGCUCCCCGCCAUGUUUCGGCUCUGGGAGAGUUUCAACUCGUCUCUUUUCGAUGACCAGAUGCUCGACUUGCUUGCCCGACUCUCUGAAAUGCACGUCCAAGACCCAUCCAUCAGUUCAGCAUCAGCUGCACGAAAGGCAGGAUCGUUGGCCGAAGCAACCGUGCGACCCGAUGCACAAAUUGCAGAGGCACCUGAUGCGGCAAAAGUUGAUGAUAGUGAGCGAAUGGAUGAGGACGCUGAAACAACCAAGCCAGCAACGACUGAGUCGCCGAUCUCAUCAGGCAUUGCAAGCCCGUCAGAAAAACUUGGUCUCUUCAGCGACAUCGGCAUCUUCACCGAGCAGCAGUAUUCGCUUAUCAUGACCAAGUGUCUCAAGUCGGCCGGUCUUCCUGUCGGCUCGAGCAAGGCAGCCAAUGCUGCGCUCAUGGCUCAGUCGGCAAACGUCCGCAGCGGUCCUGACGCUGCAGCGUCCGGAGCAACACUCAAGAUGAAGAAGCCUACUGAUCGCCUUCGGUCUUUUGCUGUCAUCAUCGCCUACUCGAUUCAGAAGGACGGUCCCAGCGCAAGCAAUUCAGCCUCAGCCUCAUACCUUCCCACUCCAGUGCGCCCAUCCUCGCCACAAUCGGGCGGCAGCAGCAAGCCCGUCGCAACGUAUCCAGCAGGUUCCAAGGCCCUCGACCAUCUCGCCAAGUUCGUGCAAGCAACAGAGAGCUACUUCCAUCCUUCGAACUGGGGCAUGUGGCAGAUCUCUCUUUCUAAUCUCGUCCAGCAGAUCAUGUUCGAGUUCCUCAAGCGUGUCAAGGAGGAGGAACGACCGCAGUGCAAGACUCCCCAACAAUAUCGAUUGACUGACGAGAUGAAGACCGAGAUCGUUUCCAUUCUUCGCACUGUCUGUCUCCUCUCCAUGUUCUCCAAGGACCCGCUGACCAUUGCAGCCUCGCAAGCCAGUCUCAAGAGAAUGGCCAUUCUUGCGCCUGAGAUGGUGUUCCCAGCUGUGUUGGAUCGAGCCUUCAACUCGCUCGAGGCACUUGAGACAACGCACCGCACAAACGCCGUCAUCACAGCGCUGUCGACGCUCUCGCCCGUCUUCACCUCGCGACAGCUCUACAGGUCCGGUGGUAAGCACUUGCUGCCACUUCUGCAGCUGUGCAUUCCCGGUAUCGACCUCAACGAUCCCAUGAAGACGAUGAGCACCUGCAUGUUUGUGCUCCUGUCGACGCUCUCUAUCCGUAUCGACGACCUGACGCGUCCAGAGGUCUAUGCGGAUGACGAGCAGUCUUUCGAGCCGAUUGUCGACCAGCCACCGUUGCGAGUCGACACGCCUGAGGCCUUGCCGACCGAUGCUGAAGAAGCUCCGCAAGCGACUCCUGAGCAGGAAGACUACCAGCUUCGUAUCAGCACUGCCGAUUUUGACGCAUGGAUUUCAGCCUACUUCCAGCGAGUGCUGUCUCUGUUCGAGACACUACCAGAAGAAGGCAAGGGCGGUCGCACGGGCGGCAAGUCCGAGGAGCAGGUCAUCAACAUGAUCAUGGCGGCCUCAGACGGGCUUUGUCGAUCCAUGAGCCCUUACUUGCUUCAGAGGUCUUUCGACAAGAUCGCAGAUUACUGCGCUCACACAGUUUCGGCAACCUCUGUACGUGUAAUCGGCUCUCUAGUCGGCUGCUUUGCUCGCGCAAAUAGCAAGAUGGUCCUCAAAAGGCUCUUGCCGCAGUGCAUUGCCAACAUACAGGCAGAGAUCGCCAACGGGGCGAGUUCGACACGGACCACCAACACCAGUCUGCCAACAGCGGGUGAUGCGGCACUGCACUGGAAUCUUAGCGUGCUGACAGGUGCUCUCAAUGGACCCAGCGAGCAUCUCCUGGAGUACAAGGAGGAGUUGAUCUCGGUGUUGCAGCUCAUCAUGGAGAGCUGCAAGAGCGAGAGAGGCUACAGCUUUGGUGCCAAACUCGUUUCGAAGAUCAUUUUGUCGCUCACCACACUCUACCCGAAGGAGCAGCGCUUCGUUAACUCGCAGACUUGGGAGAGCGAAGCUUUCGAGAAGCGAUCUCAUCUAUUCUGGGGCAAGAUGUACGACGAGAAGAGCGUCAAGAUCAACUGGCACGUGCCAUCGGACGAUGAGAUCAACAUGGCGAUCCAUAUCAUCGACCGAGUUGUAGUUCGGGCCUUGGACAAGGUUGAGGCACUUCAAGCUGAACGUCUCUCCAGGGAUAAGGCCUGGUCGAACGACUUCUGCCGCUAUCUGAUGAUUGUCAGGAUGGGGCUGAUCGGCAUACCCAGUCUGAUCGAGGAGGACGAGGUUGGUGGUGGUGAGCCGGCGAUGGACAUAGGCGACGAAGCGCCCGAGUUCGUCGACAUUCCUCCUCGCUUCAAAUCACACUUCUGUCUUGUUGACCGUGGAGAGGCACGGUACCAGAAGGUUGCUUCCUUCAAGCAGCGAAUCGGUGAGGUGUUGCAUCUUGCUGCUCAGAGCACUCAAGACUCGGGCGCAGAGGAUCAGAUCGAUUGCGUCAAGAUGCUCGUUCGAUGCAUUCGCUCUUACCUCACCUCCUACAGCUACAAUGGCGAGGACUACAAGGCCCACAUGCGCUCUCUCGGCUUCUUCCGCAAUAUUGCCAAGCUGUACGCCAAGCAGAAGGCCUUCCCGCGUGUGCUCUUCAUUCGUCGUGCGGCUUUUUACAACACAAGCCGCGCUCGACUCAACAGCUUCCACCGCAAGCGUACGCCACUGAAGGACAAGCUCAUUCUACAGGUUCUCGAGUUCUGCAUGUCCAAUUACGUGGGCAUCCGACAAACGGCGCAGAACACCCUCGACACCAUUGGUGGUGUGUACGAUGGUACAUGGAUUCUGUGCUUGCCCAAGCUGAUCCAGGCGAUCCAGCCUGGCGUUCCGGACGACCGGAUGAAGGGAGCAUUGUAUGUGCUUGGCAGCAAGGGGGCUUCGUACCUUUGCAUCGCUGAUGCCCGCUUCAGCGUCGAGUACAUAAUGAGUCUUCUUGAUGCUCAGCACCACUCGAAGCCUUCCAUUCAAAAGCUUGUCAGGGGCAUCAUCAAUGACUUUAUCAUCCGCUUCGCCGAGCCCUCGACGUUGACCGACAAGAUCGACUCAACUGCUCUGAACGAAGCGGCUGAUAUUCUGGAGCGGGCACUUCCCUCUGAUCUGCAGAAGGCGGAGGAGAAGCUCAUCGAAGCCGUUGCUGCUAAGCGACGCACUCGUCUCGAUAGGGUCGAUGAAUUGCACAAGGAGCUUACCUCGAGGGCGUUGGAGUUUGCGCAAAGAGAGACUACCCAUUGGGCGUUCUCGAUCUUUGCUACUCGUCUGCUCAGAGCGUUGGUGCGAAAGGACAGGCCACUGGACGGCAAGACUGCGGGCUACCUGGCUGACCAAAUGAUCUCGGAGAAUCCUCAGAUGCGAGCCUGUGCUCAAGCUGUACUCACAAAGAUCCUCUACUACGUAAAGCUGCGUACGCUUGCGCCUUCGGAUGAGGAUCUACUGCUCGGCCAGACCAAGAACCCGCUCAAGCACUCGGAGAAGCUGCCAAGUCCCGUGUCAAACGAAUGGACGCAACAGUACAUCGCUGCUUUUGGUGAGCCUUUGACACCGACCAGCAAGCUUCGUGACAAGCCAUCUCAAGGCUGGCUCGUUUGGGGCGAUGAAGAGAACUUCUAUGACCCUCCUCCUGCCGAUGGUGUUGUGUUCACUUGGGAGGAAGCGUCUAAGCCUGCGAUCGAAGCGGUGCGCGCCAGGUUCACCCAAGAAUCGUGGUGGCAGUCGUUCACUCGUCAUUUGUCGCAAGAGAAGGACCGCGACUACCCUGGCAGCGAGUCAGUGACACUGCUCAAAUCGAUUUUCCAAAUCUUUGGUGUCGAGGUACUGCCUUUCAUCAAGACGAUCACGGAGCAGUUCAUCGCCGAGAAGGAUCGACACCGACAGCGAGCAGCCUCCGAGCUCAUUUGCGGUGUCUACCGUGGCUCGAAGCAUUGGAACAUGAAGGAUCAGAAUACGCUCUGGUCUUGGCUCGAGACGCUCCUGCCAAAGAUCUUCGAAGGCUGCACACCUGAUAGUCAACCAGCGUGGCAGUCGUGUAUCGAGUACAUGCUGCAAGCUCGUGACCCGCGUCGAGCGCUUCCCAUGGUGCGAUAUGUGGUCAAUAUCGCACGCGAAAACAUCGACAAGGAGAACAACACUUCGAGUCCGUGGGAGCAGGCUAAGGCGCAGAACCUCUUGCGAGGGGUGAUGAUCUCGAUGAACUUGCAAUUCGCACCGUUCGGCGCUGACGAGUUCAUUAGACUGUACUCUGAGAACUUUGGCAGCGACUUUCAAGAGGUCAGGAGCGUCAUCAGUGAAGGUUUGGCCGACUUGGAGCUGUUGCAAGUUAACCCAUCUUUUGGUAGCGUCGAGUUGAUGCUGGACGAGUGCAGCUCGGGCCAUGGAUCGCUGCUUGCCAAGCCAGAACUGUACAGCGGCCGACUGGAAGUACUUUCUAAACAGCUUGCGCAAUGGCGCACGGAGAGGAAACCCACAGCGGAGGGUACUUCGCAGUACGACCGUGCAGCGAUGACCGCUUUGCUGUGGAUCUCGACUACCAUGGGCGACCACCGCAAUGGCGCCAUUGCAGGCGAAGCGAUCAAGUACAUUCCCGACAUCUUCGCCAUGCUUGAAUUGCACGACAACAAAGAGCUCUCGGCUCUUGCACGUGCUGUUCUCACCAAAAUUUCGACGCACCCCUUCACCUCCGAGCACGCAGGAACGCUCGUCGAAACUCUUCUACACGUCACCCGAUCUUCCGUCGACUCAUGGCGCGCUCGACUUGACAGUCUUCCAGUCCUCCAAGUCAUCUUCUUCCAGAACCUGUUCUACCUGGAUGACUCUACGAUCAACUCGAUCGUCGAACUCCUCCUCGAGCUUCUCACAGACAAGCACCUUGAAGUUCGUGAAAUGGCCGCCACAACGCUUUCGGGAAUUGUUCGCUGCUCGCAACGUCGCUUGAUCAAGACGCUCAAGAACAGAUUCACCAGGCUCGUCUCGACCACAAAGGUGCCACGUCGAGGUGAAGCGAGGUAUGAUGAGCAGUUGAUCACUUUGCAUUCGGGUGUUUUGGGCGCAUCGGCUUUGUUAGCUGCUUUCCCGUACGAAGUACCGGAUUGGAUGCCGAGUUUAAUCGUAGAGACUGUUGCACAGCACACUGAUGAUCCAGUACCGAUUUCGACAACCGUCAGAAAGUGCGCAGCCGACUUCAAGAGGACUCAUCAGGAUACUUGGUCGGAAGAUCAGAUGAAGUUUGGUGAUCUACUUCCUGAGGUCAACGAUUUCACUCUUGGUAGGAGCGACUACUUUGCAUGA